AUGGCAGCGUCUCCAAUUGCAGCUCUAACGCCUCAAUUUCACCAUUACAUUGACAGUAAAAGUCCCAGUUUUCCUUCCUCUUCUUAUCCAUUAUCUUCCUGUAAAUUGAAUCAGAGCAUCUAUCCCAUUGUUAUUCCAAGUUUGUCAUGGACAAGAAGUCAAACUGGGAAGGCUAGAAGAUCUCUUUGUGUGCAUGGUCUAUUUGGUAGUAAAAAGGAUAACAAUGAUAAGAGUGAUGAUGGUUCUUCAAAGGCUGGGAUAUUGGGAAACAUGCAAAAUCUGUAUGAGACAGUAAAGAAGGCACAGAUGGUUGUCCAAGUGGAGGCAGUACGUGUGCAGAAAGAACUUGCUGUAGCGGAGUUUGAUGGUUACUGCGAAGGUGAACUAGUAAAGGCAACACUUUCUGGGAACCAACAACCUGUAUUAUCUUCAUCCUUGUUUUGUUUUGUGUAUGGAGGGAGGGCAAACACUCUCUCUUUCGGUUCCUUCCGAGCUAUCAAGCUCAGCCUUGUGGACGGACUUUGA